UCUAACAUCAACAAGAAAGGUUUCUGUGGAGGAAGCUUUGGCAAUGUUUGCAUACACAGUCGCACAUGCCAAAGUUCAACGAGUCACAGCCGACCGAUUUCAACACUCUACUGAAACAGUUAAUCGGCAUAUGUAUGCAGUGAUGAUUGCCCUAUGUAAUAUUGCUCCUGAUGUAAUUGCAGCUACACAUACUACUGGGGUAGCACCAUAUAUUCAAGGCAAUCCAAAACAUUAUCCAUGGUUUGAGAAAUGUAUUGGUGCAAUUGACGGUACUUAUAUCGAUGCAUGUGUGCCUGUCGAGGCAACUAACGCGUAUCUGUCUCGUCAUCAGCAAGUUAGCCAAAAUGUGCUGGCAGCCUGUGAUUUCAACAUGAAAUUCACAUUUAUAUACGCUGGUUGGGAAGGCACUGCCCAUGAUGCACGCCUAUUUAUGGAUGCAUUGAGUCGUCCAGGGAUCGAUUUCCCAUUGCCUCCUGAGGGUUAUUAUUAAUUGGUUGAUUCCGUCUUUCCGUGCACACUGGGGUUUAUGCCCCCGUACCCCAGGGUGCGGUAUCAUAGGUCUGACCGGCAUAGUAAUAGCUCAUUCUCUGGAUAUCAAGAUUAUUUUAAUUAUCGACAUUCUUCCCUCCGGAAUGUGAUUGAGCGUACAUUCGGUGUGCUUAAAAAACGAUUUCGAAUUUUGAAAUCAAUGAACCCAUACAAGGUGACACGACAACGGUAUAUUGUCAUUGCAUGUUGUGUCAUGCAUAACAUUAUUCGAUCAAUUACACCAAAUGAUAAGAUAUGGCGUAAAUUUAAUAAUCCGAAUCUUGCUCAAG